AGAUUGUACGCUUAAAAUGGAGGGAGUGCCGUAGUCCAUUUUCCUCGUCAUCAAAUUUGUCAACAUUUCUCCUCCACAAUUCGUAUUUUGUCUGAUGAACUUAAUGGAAGGCACAAUUUUUUUACACCCCAAACUGACCAAUUGUUUUUGUUCAUGGCUGUUAUCGCUUUCCCAAACAUUCUUUCUCAAUUCUUGGAGCCAAAUCACCACUCUCUCCGACGAAGCAAAUGCACUUGUUGCGCCUCUCCAGCGGCGAGAGAAACCAGAAGGAAAGGAUCGGCGAUUGUGUGGUUCAAACAAGAUCUUCGCGUGGACGAUCACCUCGGUCUCAUCGCUGCCUCUAACUACCAAGCUGUCCUUCCUCUUUACGUUUUUGAUCAUAGGAUUCUUUCUUGUUAUUCUGAUGAAAUGCUAGAACUGGUUCUUUUUGCUUUGGAAGACCUGAGAAAGUCAUUAAAGGGACAGGGCUCUGAUGUGAUGAUCAGAUUUGGAAAAGUAGAAAAUGUCAUCAAGGAACUUGUAGACGAGGUGAAAGCUACCAGUAUAUUUGCUCAAGAGGAGGUUGAGUACCAUCUUCGCAUGAUCAUGGGCAUUGUGGAUGAAACCUUGGCAACAACAAACUUUGAAGAUGGAAAGCCAAACAUGUGUCUGUGGCAGACACCAUUUUAUGAUAUUAAGAAUCUGAAUGACCUGCCUGACUCACACAAUGACUUUUUGAAACUUCAACUGCCCGUGACUUUGCCUACUCAGCCCCCUGCAUUACUGGGUUCAAAAUUGGAAGUGGAUUGGGGUCUUUUGCCCACAUUUGAUGAUUUGAAGAAAUUUAUGACUGAGAAUCCAUGGAAAUUGAAAGAGAGUUGGGGUUUAAUCAAGAAUAUUUCAGCUGAAACUAUAUUACUUGAGAAAUCAAAAUCAGGGGAAAGAAGAAAAAGAAAUAUGAAUGUCAAUCAUGCUCCUGUGAAGAAGCCAGAUACAUCCAUUUUUGUCACACAGAAGGGUAAUAUUGUCAGAGGUGGAACAAGUGCUAUAUUGAAUGCAUUGGCAGCAUAUUUUAGAUAUUUGGAGGGAACAGCCGGCAAUGAUUGGCUAGAGGUCGAUGAAAAGCUACGCAAUGCAGAAAAUCAGGACGGAGCUUCAUUUUUUACACUCUUUGGCCCAGCUCUUUGUCUUGGUAUCAUAUCAAGAAGGAGAGUGCAUUAUGAAGCCAUCAAGUAUGAGAAAGAACGAAAUGUUGGAUUGUUAUCACCCUUGGGAUAUUCUGCUGUCACUGUUGCUGCAGUAGCUGAUGCUGUUUGUUCAAUGGAGUGGUACUGGCUUCUGUCUCUAAGAAGUUUAAUUAGUGAAGGAGGAAUGUAUAACACACGGAUAUGGAGAUGGAAUGGCUAUCUAAUACAGUAUGCAGUUGCUGGAAAUGAAGGUCCUGCCAUUCUGCUUGUGCAUGGUUUUGGUGCAUUCCUUGAGCACUACCGUGACAAUAUAUAUGGCAUAGCUGAAGGUGGAAGCCGUGUUUGGGCCAUCACAGUUUUAGGAUUUGGCAAAUCAGAAAAACCAAAUACUGAGUACACUGAAUUAAUGUGGGCUCAAUUACUGAGAGAUUUUGUUGUUGAAGUUGUCGGUGAACCAGUACAUCUUAUAGGGAAUUCAAUUGGUGGCUAUUUUGUUGCAAUUGUUGCUUGUCUUUGGCAUCCUUUGGUCAAGUCUGUUGUCCUUAUCAACAGUGCUGGCAAUGUUAUACCUGAAUAUUCAUUUACACAGUUCUCUAAUGAGAGACAGACUUCUGGCCCUGCAUGGCUAGGUGCUCGUCUCCUUUUGCUCUAUUUGAGAUUUAAUAUCAGUAACAUAGUGAAACAAUGUUACCCAACUAGGACAGAGCGAGUUGAUGACUGUCUCAUUGGUGAAAUGCUAAGAGCAUCUCAUGAUCCUGGGGUGCUGGUAGUGCUGGAAAGUAUUUUCAGCUUUAAUCUCUCACUUCCUCUUAAUUAUCUCUUGGAAGGGUUCAAUGAGAAGGUUCUAAUCAUACAGGGAAUGAAAGAUCCAAUAUCUGAUUCAAAGUCUAAACUGGCUAUGCUUAGAGAACAUUGUCCUGGGUUUGUAAUCAGGGAAUUAGAUGCUGGCCAUUGCCCGCAUGACGAGAGGCCAGAAGAAGUGAAUUCUAUAAUCAUCAAAUGGAUAGAGACCAUAGAAAGUAAACUCCCUGCUGAGAGCUCACUGUAGUUGGUUAGACUAAUGCUUGAAAGCUAGCUGGGGGAAGGGAAAAGGACUGAAGUGGGGGUGCAGGUGAACACACUUCAUCCAACACAUAUGAGACUGCAGUUGAGAUUAACAGUGCACACUAAGUAUGGAGUGCAAGGCUUUGGGUGACACAAUGGAUAAGCACUGAGAAGCUAAAGUGGAAAAAAUAGCUUUACGUAGAGCUAACUGAGGACACAUAUGUAGUAAGUGAUGCUCACAGGGCAUAGGUCAAGCAGCCAUGCACAAGAGAUAUGAACGUAUGGUAAUGUGGCACAUAAUGCAUAUGACAAUGGGUUUGCUAGAGGCUCAACAAUAUGGCACAUCAAACAUGAUUGGUGGUCCACUACUGCAACUACAUCCUUGUAUGACAGUUGGAAAAAAAUAAGCUGUAACACAAAUGGACAAAUGCUACUAAAACAUAAACAUACAGGAAGCUGGUAUUCUGUUUCUGAUA